UUUUCAUGAUGACGAUAUGGAGGGCUUACCACGAAAGCUUUCUCAUGAUAAUUCUUGGAAGGAAGAUGAGGCGACUCUAGCAAAUGUUGUAAAAGAUAUUCUCGGUUCCUUAAAUAGUAUUUGGAUGAACCCGGCUUUUGACGCUGAGUUUGCGAGUGAUCAGAGUGAGGGGACCUAUGUAACUGAUGUAAUAGUUCCUCUCAUUCGUGCCACGCUAAACAAGUUACCGAUUAAAAAAUAUGCUUUUCUUAGCAGAUCAGAACGUCUCAAGAAACUAAGUUCAAGUUCAAAUAUUACUGUAACUACUCCAGAACAUCCUUCUAUGGAUGGGAAUAAUAUUUUGCCACCUUCAGUUUGUUCAGAAUUACCUGUAAUUUAUCAGCGAGAAAUAAAUAUCACUUCUGCUACAUCUAAUCUCAGCGAAAUUGAGAAAAGCUCAGAAUCUGCAUCAUCUAUCUGCACAGAAACUAAAUUAUUAGAGGAUAGGGAAAAGAUUAGUAACGAAAUAAGAGAAAGAAAUCGGGAAAAUAGGUUCAGAUCUCAAGACCCUUUAUCAUAUGAUAAAGAUAUUUCGCAAUCUAAUAAAAACAAAGUACAGAAAUUUAUGUCGGAAGUUUCUGGAAGCUCUAGUCCACAAUUAAAUAGGGACGUGACUUCUGCAACCUCGAAUGAAACAAAAUUUCAACCCAGCAAUACUAACUUUACGCUUUUAUAUGAAAAACUUUGUGAUGCCAUAAUUCUUGCUGAUCGUAAAACCCAAGAAGCUAUCAUGUGUUAUUACCUAUUUGGAAAGGCUCUUAUUCAAAGACGUAAUGAAAUAGCAUCGGAACAACAAGUUGAUCCAGAAUCUAAUAUUGUUAGUAGAAUUUUAAAUAAAGAAGUAAAAGCACAGCUACCUGCAGACACUUCUGAUAGCCUUUUACGUAAGAGAAUCGAAAAAGCAAAGAAGCUUUAUAGACUUUUUGAUGCAAUAGGAAUGGAUAAAAUUUAUCGCAUUCAUUCCUUUUCUGCUGACAGUAUAUCUAAAUUAACAAAGAAGGAAAUUCAGUAUAUUAUAGACAAUGUAUCCUUUGAUUAUAGCAUUCAAAUUGAGUUACAUAGUGAUGAGAAAAAUCCUGAGCAUAUGACCCAACUUUGUGAACCGA